AGUGUGUAGUAACACAAUCCACCGGUGACUGGCAGCAAAGAGCUGCCGUAACCGACGGCGACAUAAACGAAGAAGAAGAAACCGGAAGUGGCGACACGGAGGAUUGUUGACAAAUCCAGCUAGCCUUUGCUAGGUGGUAUGGUAUUCUGUUGACUUUUACUAAAGCUUUCGUUCAAAAUGACUUCUCCAGAGAACAGGCAUGGAUCAAAACGACCAGCGUCUCCAAGUGACGAUGGGCCAACCCAGUGGGCAUCAGCUGACCUGGGAAGCAAUGAAAGGAAGCAAAAGUUUUUACGUUUGAUGGGUGCUAGUAAGAAAGAACCCACCGGACGCCUCGUCAUUGGCGACCACAAGUCGACAUCCCACUUCCGCAGUGGGCAGGAAGAUAGGCAGAUGAACGAGCAGCUAGAGAUGCAGUACCAGCAGAGCAUGGACGGGAAGCUGUCAGGUCGGAACCGGAGACACUGUGGCCUGGGCUUCAGCGAGCCUGAGCCAGAGUUGUUGCCCUCCCCACCAGUGGACAGUCAGACAAAAGCAACAGAGCCAGAGGAGUCAACCAGUGAAGAGGAACCCGCAAACACGCAGGACGAAGACAGCGAUCCCAGCCCAAAGGAGCAGACCUCAGACCAGUACGAGGCCAGCUCAGACAGUAGUGAGGACGAACGCAACACGGCUGCAAAACGGCCUUUGUGAAGUCAGCGUAGGGCUGACGGGAUGUGUAGGGAGGUACACGUUUUUGUAAUCUCAAAUUUGUAAAUUUUGACAUUAUUUGUUUACUGUAGGCGAUCACCCAUCAUCGUAGUCCUUUUUACUGUGUAGAAAUGGGUUCUCUACUCAUGUAUUCAUCAUUGGGCGACAUCCUGGAGUGGAUCAACGUUGUCAAAGAAUUAUGUCUGCAGGCUAAUACGCCAGCUUUUGGUUCAGUGGUGGUUUAUCAAAUUGAGAUAGUCUUAUUUUUAUUUUGUUCAAAACAUUUUAACAGUCACUGCAUUUGCCACAAAUUGUGUUGGAGGAAACAGGAUUGCUUGCCAUUCAGCAUGAUCGGUAUACACAUUGUACAUUUUCUUGUUUGAAAACCAAUAAAAGAAAGUGUCAGUUUACC